AUGACGUUGAAGUUGUAUAAGGACUUGUCAUCAUGUGGUCAAUCAGACUUGGUCAGCGAGACUAUAUCAUAUAGUACUCUGUCAAAGUCUGUUGUGGCAUACGUCGAAUCAUCACAUCAUUAUACAUUAGAAGCUCUGGCAACGGGUGUGGCUCGCACCUGUUGUCUGGGAUUCGGUGUGGAGCGCGUCAAGGUUCUGGUCGAGAAGCCUGGCGCCGUCAAGCUGGCCAAGUGGCCUGGUGUGCGCAUCGAGAGAACAUUACAAUACUUCAAGGAUCACGUCAGUCUGGAGAUACCAUCGACCGUCGAGCAGACUAAGGGCAACAUGAGUGGACACAACAUUGCCUACCUCGCACUCGGCUCAAACAUGGGCGACCGCUUCAAGAAUGUGAUCGACGCAUUGGACGCGCUGUCCAAGUUCUCGCACGUGCAGACCACGUCGUUCAUGUAUGAGUCGGACCCGGCCUACUUUGUCGACCAGGACUGCUUCCUCAAUUGCUGCUGUCGCAUCUCCACGUCGCUCAAUCCACACGAGCUACUGGGCAAGCUCAAAGAGAUCGAGGUGGCAAUGGGCAGACAAGAGACCUUUAGAAAUGGCCCUCGUCCAAUCGACCUCGACAUCAUAUACUACAACAACAUCGUUCUCAAGUCAGAGACCUUGGAGAUACCUCACAAGCUCAUGUGGGAGCGUGACUUUGUACUUGUUCCCCUUGCAGACAUCGCACCAAACUACAUUCAUCCAUCAAUGCAUAUCACUACCAAUCAGAUGAAGAUCAACUUGAGCUCACCAACAACAAUCAGAAAGGUUAUGCGCGUCAAUAAGUCACUCUGGCAAUGGAACACAAAGACAUUCAUUAUGGGUAUUUUGAACGUAACUCCAGACAGUUUCUCUGAUGGUGGACUGUUUUCUGGCGUGGACACUGCAUUGAACCAAGCAAACAAAUUGAUAAAGGACGGCGCACACAUCAUUGAUAUCGGCGGACAGUCGACAUAUCCUGGCGCCAAGCAGAUCACACCACAGGAGGAGCUCGACCGUGUCAUCCCCAUCAUCAAGAGGAUACGCCAGGAGCAUCCCGACAUCCCCCUGUCCAUCGACACUUAUCAUGCCAUCGUCGCCAGCAAGGCCAUUGAAGCAGGAUGCAACAUCAUCAAUGACGUCACAGGAGGCAUUAGAGACCCCGCCAUCAUUGAUGUGGCCAGGAAGGAGAGAGUGCCAAUCAUCAUCAACCACGAUCGUCCAACUCAACAGUUCUUGCAGCAACAGCACAUUAAGCAGCAGGCUGAGGCCAAUGGAGUGGAGCCAGACUUCUCCACAAUCGACUCAUCACCAGACAUUAUUGAGAUUGUCGAUUCAUUCUUCACUGAGCGCGUACAGAGUCUGUUGGCAUCAGGCCUACAUCUGUGGCAGAUUAUCCUGGACCCAGGUCUUGGAUUCUCAAAGACCUACGAUCAGUCUAUCGAUCUAAUUCGUCGUGGUGGCGAGCUAGUUAAGCGUGGCUUCCCACUACUGAUUGGACCAUCGCGUAAAGGAUUCAUUGGUGCCACAAUCGCCAAGUGUGAGAACAGCAAGAUUGUUCCAGAUGCCAAGAGUUCACGACGACUCUGGGGCACAGCAGCAUGCUGUUGUGUCAGUGCCGGAUGGGGAGUCCACAUCAUCAGAAUCCAUGAUGUAUCCGAGAUCAAGGACACAAUGUUAAUCGCAGACACAAUCUACAAAUCAAAGAAGUGA